GCAGACUGGAGCGUUUGAACUGCCCUCUCCGUCCCACAAUGCAUCGCGGUACUCGGCCUUUGAAAAACCGGCGCGGCUAAUUCAAGAUGGCGGAGCUCGAGCAGCUGUUAGACGAGAGCUCUUCAGCUAAAGCCCUUGUAAGUUUAAGAGAAGGAAGUUUGUCUAAUACUCUAAAUGAGAAGAACAAUUUACCAAAAUCUCAGACCACCAGGGGAAGGAGCAGUUACGUUUCUGUGGAAACGCCAACAAGAAGCUCAAAGAGAAGUCGACUGUCAUGUGAAGAUGAGGAGCUACCUCGCGCCUCCAGAUCUCCCAGGAGAAGCCAGAGGGUCACCACUGUGCCUCAGAAACUUGCAAAUGUCACAACACCAGACAAAAGGGCUUCACAGAAAAUUGGACUGAGACUAAGAAACUUGCUCAAACUUCCCAAAGCACACAAAUGGUGCAUCUAUGAGUGGUUCUAUUCAAAUAUUGACAGGCCUUUAUUUGAAGGUGACAAUGACUUUUGCCUGUGUCUGAAGGAGUCUUUUCCUAAUCUAAAGACUAGAAAGUUGACCAGAGUUGAAUGGGGAACAAUCAGAAGACUUAUGGGCAAACCUCGAAGAUGUUCCUCAGCAUUCUUUGCUGAAGAACGAAUGGCUCUCAAACAGAAGAGGCAGAAGAUGCGUCUCCUGCAGCAGAGGAAAAUCACAGAUAUGUCUCUAUGCAAAGACCUGCCAGAUGAGAUACCUUUGCCCUUGGUCAUUGGCACUAAAGUUACAGCUCGUCUUAGGGGUGUCCAUGAUGGCCUGUUUACUGGUCAGAUUGAUGCAGUAGAUACCAGUGCAGCAACGUAUCGUGUGACCUUUGACAGAAGUGGGCUCGGCACACACACUGUUCCUGACUACGAAGUGCUCAGUAAUGAGCCUCAUGAGACGAUGCCCAUAUCUGCUUUCGCUCAGAAACAGAGGCCACCUCGUUUUCAGAACUUUCUAACCCCACUCCGCGGGUCCUAUUCUGGGUCAACUCAGUCCAUCUUAAUGGAUAAUGACCCUCUGUUUAGUCAGUCCCCCUGGAGAAAUAAACUGACAGGAACUGAUGGAGAGACAUUAGGUGGCUUUCCUGUCAAGUUUCUUGUGCAAGUGACACGCCUGUCCAAAAUCCUCAUGAUUAAAAAAGAACACAUAAAACAUUUGAAGGAGAUGAACACAGAAGCUGAGAAGCUGAAGUCCUAUUCCAUACCGAUCGGAUUGGACUUGCAGAAGAGAUAUGCCACAACAGUACUGGACCUGGAACAGCUUAAUAAAGACCUCAACAAAGUCCUUCAUGAAGUACAGCAGUUUUGCUAUGAGCUGGCUCCAGAUCAGGGCAUGCAGCCUGCAGAUCAGCCCAGUGAGUUGCGACGACGCUGUGAAGAAGAGUCACAGGAAGUUGUGAGUCAGAGUAAUGCAUUGUCUGAUGGAGAGCAACGUGUCCAGAGCUCCAGCCUCACCCAACUCAUCUCUCGUCUCACGGCACUUCUUCUGCAGAUCAGGUGUUUGGCUGAAGGGGGAGAUUUGAAUUCAUUUGAAUUCAAAUCACUCACAGACUCUCUGAAUGACAUAAAGAGUUCAAUAGAUGACUCCAACCUGAGUUGUUUUCAGGAUAAUGUGGAGAUCCAUGUAGCACACAUACAGAGCGGGCUGAGCCAGCUGGGUAACCUCCAUGCUUUCUCUGCCAACAACACCAACACAACGUGACUGAAAUUAACUUGCACCCCUCCCAAGAAGAUGUUCAACUAGAUAGCAAAAAAAAAGUGGGAGUGUGAAGCUGUUUUGUAACUGUUCAAUAUCAUUUCAGAUGUUGCUCACACUCAAUUAGAUUAAGUUCCCCCUUAAUUUUAUUGGUGGUUUCCAACUAGGGUGUAUUUCGAAUGACACUCCGGUUUGGUGCAGUUUGUUUGACUGAAACCAUUUUGUACAAUUUUAUUCCCUUUGUCUCUUUCUCAAAGUGUAUAACUUUGAUCGUCCUGAGAGAUGAGGUACUGUUCUGUCUGUUUUAAACUGUUCUGUAUGUUUUAAAUAUGUACAUUGUAGAUAACUGUACAGUUCACUCAAAAUAUAUCAAUAAAUCAACCAUAUAUAGGGGUAAUGUGGACAUUUUUUGACUUGCCAGAUUUAGGUACUUUUGCAAAGCAACCAGUCUGUUUAUACAAGUCCUAUAAUAGACAGCUGUGUGGAAUGAAACAGUUUGUCUUGUCCUUACAAGAAGAAAUAAAUCACCCAAAUGCCCCACUGGUGUAUGUUUUAAAUGCGGUAGUUUUCUGUGGGGUUGUUUUUUUUUUUAAUUGUAAGUGUAUGCAUGACAGUCAUUUGUAAAUAAAUUGAUUUCUAUUAUCUUCAUAAA